ACUCAUAUGAAAAUACCCAUCUAACCAAACAAACAGACUCGGUGAGCUUGUAAUGCUCCAGCGCAUGGCAGAGUCGGAUGCCGAAUCGACGCGUAGUCAAAGCACGGACGAGACCUCGCUCGCGUCGGCCAACAGCCAGGCCACAUCGUCCUCAUCCAAGACAAACCUGUUCAGUCUGCCGCACCGCAAAAAGUCAAAUCACGACGAACGAGAGAGCGCGCUGGCGAGAUGGCUCGGUACAGGCACAGUGGUAUACAAAAGUGUCGGCCUGCCCAUGAUGGAUCUAGUCGUGGCCAACCUCCUUGUCAAACUGGCCGACGGGAAAGCUGUCGGCACAAAAGCUGCCUUUUGAGAUUAUUUGAUUUAGUUAUACUUACAGACGUAAGUGGCUUCUAGUCAGCAGCGUCUGACUCCUGAGAGAUCAAUAUGCUCCGUGUAAGCCCUCAUGCGUCUCUACCCCGCUCGCUGUUCAUCAACAGUACCUUACCAUUGCUGUGCGCUUGUCGAAGGCAACGGAAACUACAGACCGCUUCCCAAGUACGAUAUAUGAUGCAGGACCUGGACGCUCCAAUAUACCCCUACGUUACCCUGCAACCUGGGUUCUUUCGACUCUUCAAGCUGGUAGGCAGCCACUCAAGAGCGGCUUCAUCCUAUGAUGGCUCUCCUCUAGGUCAAGCCGCAGGUGCAGCUAGCAACGCGACUCUUGAGGGCGAGUUUGUCGAAAGCCCCUUCCAAAACCCCAUCGUCUAUGAAGCUUUGUCCUACUGCUGGACUGGUCACGAGCGCGCUCUGUCGCCUGAGGAACGUUGCAAACGCUCGACACUCGACCGCCCGAUUCUAGUGAGGGAGGGCGUUCAUGUUGUUGGCGUCCUUCUCAUCAGCGCCGUGUUGGAGGGAAUACUGCUCCAGCUGAGGACACAUACGGACAAGCCAUUGUUCGUUGACCAGUUAUGCAUCAACCAGGCCGACAACUCUGAAAAGGGGCAUUUGGUCAGACACAUGGGCGAGAUCUACUCCAAAGCAAAGCAAGUGCUGGCAUGGCUAGGACCGUCCACUUUGGAAGCAGACCGACUCGUUUCAUUCAUGACGCACCUCGAAGAAGACUCCAACCCUGCCUAUUUGCGCCUAUGCGAUCACGACUACCCGACUCUCGAUGCCCUACGCCUGUCAGUCGCCGCACCGAACCCAGAGUCCAAGCUUGUUCCCAGUGAUCUAAUCAAGGACCGUGACUUGUUGAGAGACACUGUCAUGGCGAUGCAGGAUGACAUGGCCCUCAGAGGCUUCAUGGAUAUCUGCUCGCGCCAGUUGUUUGGUCGCAUGUGGAUCGUCCAAGAAGCAUGUUUGCCAGGGACCCUGCAUUUCGUGUGCGGCCACAAUGCGUGGCACGUUGACCAAUUCGAGCGCGUUUUACUGCUCUUCACCAUGUUCCUAGCCUACCGAGCCGGCAAUCUGACGCCCGAGGACGUGACCAAAGAAUUCCCAAAGGUCGACGACAUCAUCUUCGCCAUUGGACUUUGCCGCUUCGUGAAUCGAAUCUUCACUACGCGAAGAACCAUCCAUGGACAGGGCCAAAUACGUAUGCCCCUGUUCCACCUGUUGACCAAGUUUAACGUUGCCGACACAGGCACUCCACUGACCGAGGAACACGACUUGCAAAAGUUCCGCGCGGGUAAUCCGCGUGACUGUUUAUACUCCCUGCUCGCGCUGCCCGAUGAGAAUGGCACGAUUGUGCAACGUGUCGAGGUCAGCUAUGAAAAGUCGGCGCAGACUGUCUUCACACAACUUGCCGAGGCAGUUGUGAGGGACGAUCCUGAUGUUCUGCUAUUCUCGCAAGACCACUCGAAACAGUUCAAGGACCUCCCCUCGUGGGUUCCCGACUGGACCUCUCAGCUUCUCUGCCCCUUUGGAUACGCCCAGUCCAGCAAACCACUCUCCACUGCCGGCUACGCAAGAAGGAGCCGAAUCUGGGAGGGAUCAACCGAGCCUUACGCCGUUGACUCCACGCUGGUUAUUACCGGAACGCUCAUCGAUACCAUCAGUAAAGUAGGCGAGCAUGUCUAUGAGACCCCCGUGUCCCCACACCACAAGCCUACUGAAGUUUCGCACCAUUACUUCCUGUCAGAGAUUGAGUAUUUCUGCCGACUGGCAAGAAAGAGGCAGGCAGAGGAUCCCGAAUCCCCGCCAUGUCUUCAAGAUGCACCGUGGUUGAUAGCAUCGGGCGGUCGCGGUCUGGCGAGCAGUCCCCAGGCGAGCCGCGACGAAGUGUUCGGGCCUGACGUACAGGGCGUACGGCUUCUUGAUGCCGCCUACCAGAUCUGGCGCCAUUAUCUCGAGCGGCUCACCAAAAAGCACGAGCUGUUGGGCUGGCAAGGGCGCCGGGCGGAGGUCCUGCGGCCACUGGAGGAGCAAUGGCUCGAGAUGAAGAAGCGCACAGGUCUUUUCCGGGCCAUGGCGUACUGGCUUGGCUUGGGCGGGGGCUGGGACGCCUACGAGUUUUGCGAAAAGUUCAACCAGCACUGGGACAAGUUUGGUCCGGUGAUGGGGACAGAAGGGAGCGCGGAAGAGGACGGGCGUAACCUCGAGGCGGAGGUGAGAGACGAGGCUGCAGUUGUCUCCCCGCGUCUGGGGAAAGCCAUGGACAUUCAGCAGGGGAGAAAGUGCUUUUUGACGCCCAGGGGGUAUGUUGGAUUAGGAACACUGGACAGCAAGCCAGAAGAUGUAGUUGCGAUCUUGAGAGAAUUAUCAGUGCCUGUGAUCUUGAGACAUUGCGAUGGGGGAACAGAAGGACGACAGUGUUUUCAAUAUAUUGGGGAGGCCUACUGCUAUGGGAUGAUGGACGGAAAAGCGCUCGACCAGCACAGCGAUGCGGUUGUAUCAUCGUUCUGUAUUGUGUAGUGGCCGUGUCAAGCCCCCGGGCGACCGUUGGUCACUCCAGCGGCGGAAUCGGUCAGUAUUUCUCUUCCUUCUCCUUCUUCUGUGUCAA